AUGUUUGCCACUCGUGCCCUCGGCUUCCGGUCGGCUCGACCUCUCUUCGAGCCCAUCCCCAAGGAACAGCAAAGCGCUCACACCAUCUCCCAACGUCUGCGAACACUCAAGAAGAUUCCUCCGGAGUUGAUCCCUCUCGGUGUCGUCCUUUCUGUUGCCAUUUGCGCCGCCAUUUACUCCAGCGGAAAGAAGCUGUUCGAGGAUAAGACCCUCCGUCUCAGCCGAUCGAAGCGCGAGGACCACUAA